AUUAUGAGGAAAGAAGUCUGCACCAUCGCUUUUCUCAAAGCCGUCUUGGCUGAGUUUUUAGGCACUGCAAUUUUUGUCUUCUUGGGUCUGGGCUCAGCCUUGAAGUGGCCUUCUGCCUUGCCAAGUGUCCUCCAGAUUGCCCUGGCUUUUGGCUUGGCCAUCGGCACCAUGGUACAGAUUUUUGGACCCAUCAGCGGUGGUCACAUCAACCCAGCAGUGACCAUUGCCUUCUUUGUGGGCAACCAGAUCUCUUUCCUCCGAACGGUUUUCUACGUUGUGGCUCAGCUGGUGGGGGCCAUUGCUGGCGCAGGUGUCCUUUAUGGUGUGACUCCCAGUAAUGUCCGUGGCAACUUGGCAGCCAAUGGGCUCAGCAACAACACAACUGCAGGCCAGGCUGUGGUGGUGGAGAUGAUUAUCACUUUUGAGCUUGUGAUGUGCGUUUUUGCCUCAACUGACAGCCGCCGAAAUGACCACGUGGGCUCUCCAGCUCUGUCCAUUGGGCUGUCUAUCACCGUGGGUCAUCUGGUUGGGAUAUAUUUUACUGGCUGCUCUAUGAAUCCUGCUCGGUCUUUUGGGCCUGCUGUUGUCAUGAAAAGAUUCACCUCCGCUCACUGGGUCUUCUGGGUGGGUCCCAUUGUUGGAGGCAUCCUGGCUUCUCUGCUUUACAACUAUUUUCUGUGGCCCCACUCAAUGAAUAUGUCUGAGAGGGUAGCAAUUGUGAAAGGUACCUAUGAGUCUGAAGAAGAGUGGGAAGAGAAGGAGAAAAGCAUGGAAAUGUCCUCUCCGUGAACAAAAGAGCUUUGGAUGAGAAGAAAAAGAUCGACCUCACAUCUCCUGAUGCUGAAUGAACAUUUGACUGUAUACUCUGUAAUCCAAAGAACCCAUAGCUUAUGCUGGUGCAGAGGGUUUAAAGAGGGAAAGGGGAUGACAUUAUUUGUGUAAAUAAUUGUCUUGAACAUGUGGCUGUUAGUGCAUGGGAAAAAUACUUCUGAAGAAUGGGCCAUUCCAACAUGGCUUCGUUUUGGGAGCAAUGCAUCUGAACAGCAACACCAGAACAAGAAUCUUAUCCUCU